AUGGCAACUGGUAGUGAAAAACUUGUAAUAUUUAAACGCAAACGAACAACGCUACGUACCACCAUUACGAAACUAACGAAGAAAUUGAACGAUGCUGCUAGUACACAAACUGAAAAGGAAUACAAUAUUGAACGUUUACAAUAUAAAAUUAAAGAAUUAACCUUGGCAGACGAUGAAAUACAUUAUUUUUUAAAUAAUGAAGAAUAUCAGGAAGACAUAAUAGAAUGCGAAAGAUACACAGAAUAUGCUCAUUUGGCGUUAUUUAAUUUCAAAAGAACAGCGAAUCGGAAUACGAAUUUAAUUUCUGAAACAUUGCCAACAGCUGCCAAUAUAAAUAAUUUUUCAGCUUCGCCUUCAAAUGUUAUAGUAAAGUUGCCUACAAUAAAAAUAAAUACGUUUAACGGCGGCGAAAUUGAAGAAUUCCAUAGUUUUUGGGAGCGUUUUGAAAACUGUAUCGACAAAAACGAAAGUUUAUCGCUGAUUGACAAGCAUGUUUUUUUGCGGGGAUAUUUAGAUGGAGAAGCAAAACGAAUUGUUGAUGGAAUUAAUAUAACUGUAGAAACAUAUGCAACAGCAAAGGAUAUUUUGAAAUCGAAAUAUGGCGAUAAAGAUAAAAUAAUACAGGCUCAUCUCGAUUAUUUAGAAAACCUAAAACCUGUCAAAAAUCAGUCUCCAGCAGCAAUAAAUGAGUUAUAUAUUGAUUGUAAUCGAAGAAUACAGGCUUUAGAUGCUUUAGGAGAAAAAACUCAAGCAUACGGAAGAAUUUUGGCUCCUAAAAUACUUCGUGCUUUUCCUCAUGAAAUCUGUCGUAAUUGGAUUGUACAUGCCAAACGUGAAAAUUUUGCUGAAAGCGAUAUUUCAAAAUUAAUGAAAUUUUUAUCAGAAGAGGUCGAGGGAUCAAUUACUGUAAGUAAUAUUAAAUGUUCACUAGCUCCAGACUAUCCUAUUAAAUCUUCCUUAGAAAAUUUUAAUGUGAAUUCUAAAUCAGUUACCAAAAGUAAAAUAAUGUCACCCUUUUGUCCCUUCUGUGAAACUGUCGGACAUUAA